GCGACGCAGGUGCUCACGGGACACGGCUGUUUCGGUCGCUACCUGCACCUCGUCGCCCGGAGGGAGCCGACGCCGAAGUGCCACCACUGCAGUGGCUGCAACGAGGACACGGCGGAGCACACGCUCGCGUACUGCCCCGCUUUCGCGGAGCAGCGCCGCGUCCUCGUUGCAAAAAUAGGACCGGACUUGUCGCUUCCGACCGUCGUGGCUACGAUGCUCGGCAGCGACGAGUCCUGGCAGGCGAUGCUCGACUUCUGCGAGUCCACCAUCUCGCAGAAGGAGGCGGCGGAACGGGAGAGGGAGAGCUCUUCUUCCCUCUCGGCGCCGUGCCGCCGCCGUCGAGCCGGGGUUCGGAGGAGGGCGUUUGUCCAGCUCCAGCCCCUAUGAGGAGGCAGUCUCCUCCCGGUGAUGGUCACGGGGCGACCU